CCUGUGUGGGUGCGGAGGGCGACACCCUUGCUCCUGCCCCCUCUCCCCGCCCCCAGCCGCCAGCCGACCCGCGCGGGACCCCCGCCCUGCCGGCCCGAGGGGCGGGGAGGGGAGGAGGAGAGGCCGGGCGAGGUUUGCAUCAAGCAGGGGCGUGUGGCCGGAGCGGCUCGGGUUUUAGCAACUGGGGAGCGAGCGCGGCGCGGAGGGAGGAAAGUUGGUCCCCGACGUCAGCGCCGGGCGGGCCGGCGGCCGCGGAGCCAGAGGCGGUCGGAGCGGGGGGAGCGCGCGGCGGCGGGGCGCGCUGGCUGCGACCCCGCCGGCGACGCGGCCGGGGACCCCGGGGCGGCUCGCGGCCAUGGACAGCGCGGCCGCCGCCUUCGCCCUGGACAAGCCGGCGCUGGGCCCGGGCCCGCCGCCGCCCUCCGCGCUGGGGCCCGGCGACUGCGCCCAGGCGCGCAAGAACUUCUCGGUGAGCCACCUCCUGGACCUGGAGGAGGUGGCGGCGGCCGGGCGGCUGGCGGCGCGCCCCGCGGGGGCCGAGGCGCGGGAGGGCGCGGCGCGGGAGCCGUCCGGGGGCAGCAGCGGCAGCGAGGCGGCGCCGCAGGACGGCGAGUGUCCCAGCCCCGGGCGCGGCGGCGCCCCCAAGCGGAAGAAGAAGCAGCGCCGGAACCGCACCACCUUCAACAGCAGCCAGCUGCAGGCGCUGGAGCGCGUGUUCGAGCGCACGCACUACCCCGACGCCUUCGUGCGCGAGGAGCUGGCCAGGCGCGUCAACCUCAGCGAGGCGCGCGUCCAGGUCUGGUUUCAGAACCGCCGGGCCAAGUUCCGCCGGAAUGAGCGGGCCAUGCUCGCCAACCGCUCCGCCUCGCUGCUCAAGUCCUACAGCCAGGAGGCCGCCAUCGAGCAGCCCGUGGCUCCCCGGCCCACCGCCCUGAACCCAGACUAUCUCUCUUGGACAGCCUCCUCCCCCUACAGCACAGUGCCGCCCUACAGCCCCGGAGGCUCGAGCCCCGCCGCCCCGGGGGUCAACAUGGCCAACAGCAUCGCCAGCCUCCGCCUCAAGGCCAAGGAGUUCAGCCUGCACCACAGCCAGGUGCCCACCGUGAACUGAGCCCUGCCCCCCGGGCCGCUGCCUCCUGGUCGGCAGCCGAGGAGCGGGCACAUGCCGGACAGUGACCGCCUCCGGUCCCGCCCCGUCCCCGGCCCCGGCCGGCUCUCCUGGCCCUUCCCUCCAGCCCAGACCGCGGCCGGAGAGGCUGCUGAGACACCGGAGCCCCGCGCAGCCCCUCGCCCGCGACCCUGGCAGGGGUUGGGCCGGAAGGUGAACAGGAGCUCACCAAGGACCUCACUUACUUUGUGUAUUAAAACCAAAUAGCUUUUGUCUUUAAGAAAUAAAAAUGGUUUAAGCCCCAAA